GUCUGCCUGCCUUACCACCAGAGUAAGGCUUGCUGUGAGAGAGCACUGGGUUGUAACUGCACAUUGGGAGCCCUGAAGGCUACAGCUGUUAACACAGGGUCACACUCUCUCUGGGCAUUUGCAACAUUUAUAUACGGACAGACCCAAUUCCCAGAAUUCAGUGUAGUGGUUAUGCUGGAUGAUCUUCAGGUGUUAUACUAUGACUGCAACGUAAAGAAAGUUAUCUCUCGAAGCCAACUGAGCUCAACAAAUGUAGUUGAAGAUUUUAUCCUUGAAGGUGCAAACAUUGCGAUGGAAUAUGUUUAUUAUACCAUGAGAAAUCCAGCACAUCGUGUAAACCUCCUUUCCAAUCACACUGGAGGAGUUCAUGUUCAUCAGAUGCUGGGUGGAUGUGUGCUGGACAAUGACAAGUCCAGCCUGCUCAUGGUGUGGGAAGCUUAUGAUGGAACAGAAGUGGCACAUUACGACAUGCAUAAUCGCACAGUCAACCCUCUAUGGCCACAGCUUAUGUGGACCACAAAGAAAGAAGCAUCCUAUCUAAUGGAUUUUACAAAUGUUUAUCGGCCUAUUUGUAUCCAAACACUGAAGUACUAUCUGGGGAAAGAGAAGAACAUUGUGUUAAGAAAAGAGCGCCCCAGAGUCAGGCUGAUCCACAAGCUAUGCAUUAAGACUGGAGAAAUGAAGGUGAGCUGUCUGGCCACGGGCUUCUACCCCCGACACAUCAACCUGACCAUGCUGAGAGAUGGCCAUCCCAUCCCAGAUGAGGAGCUGAUUCUGGGGGAGGUGUUACCCAAUGGAGAUGGGACCUACCAGACAAGGAGGACCCUGAGUAUCUGUUCAGAGGAACUGAGAGAGAGACAUCAUUACACCUGCUCUUUCACACAUCUUACUCUGGACAACAAGCUGGACAUAAACUGGGUACCAGAGGAAGGCUCAGAUGUUGCAGUCAUCAGUUCUCUGGUUGUAGUGCUGGUUCUGGUUCUUGUCUUUACCAUCCCUGUAUUUGUCCUCUGUAAGAGGAGACACAAAGUUUCCUCGACCUCUUUUCUGAGAGUUGACUCUGCAUCAUGACUGCUUGCUAAAGAGUCAGAAGACACAGCUUCAUGUUCCUGUUUGUUCACACCACUGCCAUCAAGUGCACAAGUGUACUAUUAUCUGCGUAACAACAUAUAGUCUGCAGCACCUCUUAUUCUAUUUACACCUGUCAAGUUAUUCUGCAUAUACAAUUUACAGUUAUGUAUAUUUUAUUAUUGAAUAAUGUCAUUGAUUAGAAGGACAUGAGAGACAGAGACGGAGAGUGUUUCUCAGUACCAAGAACGUGAUGUCAGGACUCGGGUCCUUGUGAAGUAGCUCCUUUCGGGAGACCGCACUUCAAGAACACAAGGGCAGGGAAUGCAGUUGUAUGUAUUAGAGAUGCAAUCUUUAUUGAUUAUUAAGUAAUCUUUAUUUUGAUGAUUCUGCUUUUAUAAAUAUAUUUAGAAUUUUAGAAUUUUAUGUAUAUGGAUGUUAGUAAGUAAUGUUACAUUUUUUUCUUUGGCCAAGUUUGUGGGAAAAAGAGAUCUGGCGAGUGUUUGAAAAGCUUCACAGGUCAAUGGUACUCAUCCCUCACCUGUCUUGGGGGUGAAAGCUGAACAGGAUCGGACAGAGAGAUAGAACUCAGAUCGCAUCUCAAUACAGGCACACAGAAACCGAUUGUAAAUAAUCUUGAGCUUCCAGUCUUUUUUAAUUAGUACUAUUUUUCAUAAUUGCACAACUAAUAAAUGUUUUUUUUUUAAAAAGGCAACCAAA